AUGGCAGCCAAGCGGACAGAGCCGGUCACCAUCAUUAGCCUUCGGGAGUUGAACCUGGGGACCCCAGAGCCACAGCCAAAAGAGUCAAAGACAUUCACCGUGGAGGACGCCGUGGAGACCAUUGGAUUCAGACGUUUCCACAUUGCCCUCUUUCUGAUCAUGGGCAGCAUGGGGUGAGUUGCUGAGGCCACGGAGAUCACGUUAAUAGCGGUUGUGUCUCCUGUCAUCCGCUGUGAAUGGCAGCUGGAGAAUUGGCAGGGGGCGUUAGUGACCACGAUGGUGUUUUUUGCCUACAUGGUAUUCAGCAUCUUCUUUGGCCUCUUGGCUGACAGAUAUGGCCGCUGGAAGAUUUUGCUCAUCUCGUUCCUGUGGGGAGCCUACUUCUCCUUGCUGACCUCAUUCUCUCCCUCGUACAUCUGGUUUGUCUUCCUGCGGACGAUGGUGGGCUGCGGCGUGUCUGGCCAUGCCCAAGGGCUAAUCAUAAAGACUGAAGUUUUGCCUACAAAAUAUCGAGGCUAUAUGCUCCCCUUGUCUCAGGUUUUCUGGCGAGCCGGCUCCCUGCUCAUCAUUGGCCUGGCUUCCGUGGUCAUCCCCACCAUCGGGUGGCGCUGGCUCAUCUGCAGCAUCCCUGGCAUCAUCCUCAUCGUGGCCUUCAUGUUUAUUCCUGAAUCUGCUUGGUUCAGUGUCUCUACCAGGAACACUCAGGCUGCCCUGGUUACACUGGAGCGCAUCACCAAGAUGAACCGCUCAGUCAUGCUGGAGGGGAAGCUCGUGGAGCCCAUCCUGGAAAAAAGAGGAAGAUUUACAGACCUAUUGGAUGCUAAAUAUUUACGGACCACAUUACAGAUCUGGGUCAUAUGGCUGGGCAUCUCUUUCGCCUACGACGGGGUCAUGCUGGCCAGUGCAGAGCUGCCGGAGCGGGACCUGGCCUGUGGCUCGCGGUCGGAGUCUGAGGCGGUGGUGACCGUAGGGGUCUCGGAGGAGAGCCAGAGCCCCUGCCGCUGCCAGGUGUCCGACUACCAGACCAUGAUUAUCAGCACUAUUGGCGAAACUGCUCUGAAUCCUUUAACUAUCCUGGGCAUUAAUUUCCUGGGAAGACGGCUGAGCCUUUCUAUUACCGUGGGAUGCACAGCUUUGUUCGUCCUUCUCCUCAAUAUUUGCACUUCAAGUGCCGGCCUCAUCGGCUUCCUCUUCAUGCUGAGGGCUUUGGUGGCGUCCAACUUCAACAGCAUCUAUAUUUACACCGCUGAGGUCUACCCCACCACGAUGCGUGCCUUGGGGAUGGGGACCGGCGGCUCGUGUCGCAUUGGUGCAAUGGUGACGCCAUUUAUGUCCCAGGUUCUCACGAGUGCAUCAUUUCUGGGAGCUUGUCUUUUCUCAUCUGUCUGCGUUGUGUGUGCCAUUUUUGCAUUUACUCUCCCUAUUGAGACCAAAGGACGGGCCCUACAGAUUAGAUAA